AUGCGCACCGAGGAACAGAAGUCGCCAAAUGACAACAGCAUCAUGACCAACGAAAUCACCCGCAAGCGUCGGCGGUCGGACGAUUAUGGCUCAACCACGUACACAUCAGGACGAUCGAUUUUCAAUAAUGCCUCCAAUUACCCUAUCUCGACGGAAGAACAUGCCGAACCAGAAAGACCUGCAACAAAGGCGAAACUAGCAGACGAGAAUGUUGCGCCUUUUCUGGCCCGACAUAUACCUACUCAGUAUGCCCCUUUGGGAACAGAUUCCAGGUCUCUGAAGGGCCCGCCACCACCUAGUCUGAACUCAAGGUAUUGUUACCGGCACCGACCCGACCUCAAAUGUCGCCGACAGGCCGGCGAGCCGUCAAUGGACCAGAUGCAACAAGAACUCCAAACCCUCCCACAAAGUGAUCAGCAAGGCAUCGCACACGUCUGGUCAUUAUUCUCAGCAGCCCCGGCAAAACAACGUAUGCUCAUGUUACAAGGCAUCCUCGCUCAAUGCUGCUUCCCGCAGUUGUCCUUCAUCUCCGCCAGCGUACGAGAGCUGAUCCGAAUUGACUUUAUCACGGCCCUACCUCCGGAAAUCUCCUUCAGCAUUUUGUCAUAUCUCGAUACCGCCUCUCUGUGCCGCGCCGCUCAAGUAUCUCGCGGUUGGAGGGCUCUAGCCGACGAUGAUGUCGUAUGGCAUCGUAUGUGCGAACAGCAUAUUCAUCGCAAGUGCAAGAAAUGUGGCUGGGGAUUGCCGCUGCUGGAACGUAAGCGACUGCGUGCCUCGAAGGCACAGAUCGAGGAACGUGCUCUCACUUGGGAUGCCUCUUCCGAAUCUGCACCUGGGGACUCUGCCCAGAACGUUACAACGCCAGAAGAUAAUACUAUGGAAGCAAAACCGGAAAUCGAAGAGGUAGACAAUUCACCCACCCAGGUCGUGAAACCGCAGUGUGCCAAAGUUUCAUCAUGCCGCGCCGACGAUAGUGAAUACUACAAGACCAAGUUCAGACCGUGGAAGGACGUCUAUAAAGAUCGCUUCAAAGUCGGUACAAAUUGGAAAUAUGGUCGUUGUUCUGUCAAGAUGUUCAAAGGACACACCAAUGGCGUGAUGUGCUUACAAUUUGAAGACAACAUCCUUGCAACUGGCUCUUAUGAUACGACAAUUAAAAUCUGGGAUAUUGAGACUGGCGAGGAAUUACGAACUCUCACUGGUCACACGUCUGGCAUUCGCUGCCUGCAGUUUGACGACACCAAACUCAUCAGCGGUAGCUUGGAUCGCAGCUUGAAAGUUUGGAACUGGAGGACUGGGGAGUGUAUAUCCACAUACACGGGCCAUCUUGGCGGUGUUAUCGGCCUUCACUUUGAUGGUAGUAUCCUUGCAUCUGGAUCUGUCGACACUACGGUUAAAAUCUGGAAUUUCGAGGACAAGUCCACGUUCCUGUUGCGUGGACACUCGGAUUGGGUCAAUGCAGUCCGGGUUGACACAGUAUCUCGGACGGUCUUCUCGGCUUCGGAUGACUGUACCGUCAAACUCUGGGACCUUGACUCCAAGAACUGCAUUCAGACAUUCCAUGGCCAUGUGGGUCAGGUGCAGCAAGUCAUCCCACUUCCGCGAGAGUUUGAAUUGGAAGAGGAGCACCCGGAUAGUGACGACGAUAGUGGCGCUUCGGACAACGGCGAGGAACCCACCGACAGACAUGGCUCUCUUGCCUCGACUGCUUCAUUCUUCGAAGGAGAUCGUCCCGCGCCACCAAAGUACAUUGUUACCAGCGGCCUUGACCUGACUAUUCGCUUGUGGGAAACAACCACAGGUCGAUGCUUGCGCACAUAUUUCGGACACCUGGAAGGUGUUUGGGCCUUGUCUGCCGACACACUACGCAUCGUAUCUGGAGCGGAGGACCGUAUGGUCAAGAUCUGGGACCCACGAACCGGAAAAUGCGAGCGUACUUUUACCGGCCAUUCCGGACCUGUUACCUGCAUUGGUCUCGGUGACAGCUGUUUCGUCACUGGAAGCGAAGACUGCGACGUGCGCAUGUACAGCUUUAAGAGCUGA